UAACCAAUGAGAUAGAGGCUGUGCAGUCAUCCCAGCAGCAGCAGCAUCAAUGUGAGUCUGAGUGUGUGAGUAGUAGCUUUAAACGGGGUAAUCUGGACACCCUCUCUGAAUUCAAUAGGACCCUCUGCAGGCAGGCCGUGCUUUUUGCUUCUUUCAAUGUGCUUUUUACCAAAUGGAAGCAGAGGUCUUGAACCCCCAGAUGAUGGCAGACGUCAAUGGCAACAAUAAAAUCACCAACGCGGAGCUGGAGGUGUUAAAGCUUCAGGAAUUGGUCCGAAAACUGGAAAAGCAAAACGAACAAUUGCGGACUAGAGCGAACGCUGUAAACAAUUGCUCCAUCGGCCCUCAUCUCCAGACCUCGUUGUCGUGUCUGCAUGGGGUUACAACGUGUUCCAGUGACAAUUUCACCAGUAAAUAUGACAUUUCAAGUCCGACACGGUCGCGUCCGUGUGUCACUGCACCUCAAGGUUUAACAGAGGAGCCAUUCGCCUAUUUUCAGCCGAGCUCGGUGUCUCUCGAUGCCGCUGUGGAGGACAGCGGCGCCGCUGGUGCCACAACUGUUUGGGAUGAGGUUGACAUUUUGGACCUCAACAGCGUGCUCCCUGUUGGAGAGCCUGAUAGCUGGCUAUAUGUAAGUCCCAAAGCCAAACUGCAGAUUGAGAGUGGUCUCAGCCCUCUCCAGUGGUGCAGGCAGGUCCUGGACCACCCUGGGCCCGAGGUGGAGCUGGCUAAGAUGACCUUCUGUCACAGACUGGACCAAGCCAAGCGGUGGCGAGGAGUCUCCUCCGUCCGUCCAUACAGCCUCAUAGAAGGGCUGUCUACCCUUAGCUGUCCCGUCCUGCCUUACACUACAUCCACUGCACUAACUGACACCCCAGCCACAUUGUCAUCAUUUGGCCAGUCUUUUAUCCAGCCAGCUCUCCCACUCCGGGCCAGCUGCAGCCUCGGUGACAGAAGUGACAGAGCACCCACAUUUCUGUCAAACUCUACUCUCCACAACGUGGCUCGUCGUCAUGCAGCCAUCACGCCUCAGUCUUCCCUGGACAGCGAGGUGGGUGUGUCAGAGCUGGAGGAUGACUCCAUCACUAUGAGCUACAAGUUGCAGGACAUGACUGAUGUGGAAGUCAUGGCACGACUCCAAGAGGAGAGUCUCCGACAGGACUAUGCCUCUACCUCAGCCACAGCCAGCCGCCGCAGCUCCAGCUUCUCCUUGCACUCCCUCAGGCGCAGCGAGAUGGAUCUGGAGGAGGAGGAUGAGGAGGACGAGGGGUACGACCAGCUCCCUCCUCCUCAGCCUCGACUAUUCCGUACAGGGUCUAUGCAGCGGGGCAACCUGCCCCACUCUCACACAUUCUCCAGUAUCAGAGACUGCAGACGCAGCUCAGCCACCCCUCAGUUUUCACUCAGUGGACUUUCCCAGUUGUCUGGACCCUCCAAUCUGGUCACAGAAGCACACACGAUGUACAGAGGCAGCACAGACAAGCUACGAAGAAGCAUGCCCAACCUGAUCCGAGCUCCCAGCAUGCCUAGUGUUCCCAGUAUUCCAUGCCUGACUUCCCCUGGCAACCCACCCUCCCAUGGCCCUUCCUCCUUACCAACGAUGCCUUCCCUCCGGACCAGCCAGAGCUUUGACUCCUCCAGUGGGCUUGCACGACUUCAGUCCUCCAUUCCUUCCCCAGGUCAGCUCAGCCAGCGAGUCCAGAGUGUUGGAAACUUCCCCACUACUCAGCGACACCCUCUAAAAGCAACAGCCUAUGUCAGCCCCACGGUGCAACAGGGCCCCACCUCCACCUCUCUGUCCACAUCUGCCAGUUUAAACUCCAUCUCCAACAGCGCCGCACUGCCUGGGCCCCUUAAACCCAGCAUCAGUUUGCUGCCACAGGCCCUGAAAGCAAGCACCAACCAGUCUGCUGCCCCCCGCAGUUCCCUUCCUCGUCCAGCCUCCUUCAUAGGCGCAAGCGGAGUUCCACGUGCAAGUAAAAUCACACAGCCAACACGCAGUCUACUGACUCCUCCAAAGAGCCUGGCUGCUCUGAGUGCUCUGAGGGAUGGCAGCUGGAAAGAUGGCUGCUACUGAACCCAAAUGAUGUUCGAGAGGUCCACAAAGAAACGCUACAUGGGACCAAACUGAUGUAAAAUGAAGGAGGUUCCAAACUGCAGCACUGCUAAUGUGAAUAAAAGCACUACUUUUGAAUGAAGAGACACGUGGAGAUUGAGAACAGUACGAGUCCAGCAGGCUGGAUAUUUACUAAAACACAAAGAAACACACACAGUGACAACAACAUGCAAUACUCCAAUAAUCAGUCGCUAAAUGUGAAAUGGAUUCUCCCAGAAUUUUUAUUUUUACCUUUUUUUUUCAUUGUGGAUUUAGUAAAAAGAAAAGCUCUCUCACUUUGACAGCUAAGAAAAAACGGACCCUUGCUUUUGUAAAUGCAUUUAAUGAUUUAACACGAUUUAUUAUGCAAGUAUUGUUUUGUUUUUUUAUGUUAGAUAUGAAGAUGAAACUGAAUUUGGAGUUACAUCCCGUGCCUGUUAAUAAGUGAUGUAUUUCAUGUUAGUUAUAUUUAUUGACUGGACCUUGCAGCACUUUGGAUCAGAAUUAUGAUUAACACGUUAGAACAAGUGAUCUGCUUUGUUCCUAAAGUAUGACAUUCACUUAUAUCAGUGUACAAACGUUAUCUUAUGGCUAGUUUCUUUUCAUUUGCUGUUUACAUUACAUUUUUGUCUUUAAUAACAUAUUCGCUGCAGUGAUAUUGCACAUGAAGCCCAAAUUUCUUUUUAUGGACGACAAAAAGUUAGAGAGGAGGUACAUUUUUUUGAAGUGAAUAAAA